CCCACUUCCCCCAAUGUCUCACGUGACCCCUCCCAAUCUCCUUCUCCGUCCACUAAGCGACCAUCCUUACUCCUACCUACCCGUCUCCGUCCACGUGACCCUCCCAAUCUCCGUUCACCGACGUUCACCCGACGGAUCAGCCAUCUCCGUCUCACGUGACCUCCUCUCCACAGCCCAUCGUCCCAAUCGAGACGAGACGCGCGCGAAGCCCCAAAACGCGCCUGAGCUCAUCUCACCCUGACAACACCAACCCAUCAACCACCGCCGCAAAUCAACCCACCACCACCAUCUCCACCACCUACACGCAAACAUGUUCUCCCGCACCAUUCUCCGCGCCCCGCGCGCCUUUGCCACCACCCCCCUCCGCGCCUUCAGCACCACCCCCGCCCGCCCCCUCGCCAAGCUGCAGCUCAUCGGCCACCUGGCCGGCGCGCCGGAGCUGACAGCCACCUCGACCGGCAGCGAGAUCGUCAAGUACAGCCUGGCGACGAGCAGCGGCCCCAGGGACAACAGGCAGACGAGCUGGUGGAACGUGGCUGCCUUCAUUGAGGCGGGGCCCAGGAGGGACUUUUUGUUGGCGCUGGAUAAGGGGACGCUGGUUUAUGUGGAGGGCGACGCGAGGAUGGAUCAGUAUACCGAUGCUGAGGGGAAGGAGAGGAGGGCGUUGAAUGUUGUGCAUCGCUCUGUGGAGAUCCUUAAGAGACCGACUUCGAGCGAGGAGUAGAUGGUUGAGACGAUUAGGAAGAGGGCAGGAUGACAUGGAUGCGCGGGAGAUCUCCCCUCUAGGAUUUUCGAACGAGGAAAUGGCGAACAGCGAGUGCGGAAUAUAAUGCAUCUCGACACCCCCGGCUCGGUAUAGAGAGGGAUGAGUAGAUGGAUAAACACGGGAGCGGCGGCAGCAUUUCCUUACAUGUAUGAUAUAAGGUAUGGACGAGUCUCGGCGCGGGAGUAUGUAUAAGGAAUACCUACCAAUCAGAAAACUUUCAUUGCAUUCUACCUUCUACCUUCUACCUUGGCCACGCAACCUCAUUUCACAACGCGCGCAGCUCUAAUUGCAUUUUUUUUGGUGGAAAACAUCCUUUCAUUGACUCUGGUCCUCUAAUACACAUUAUAGGACUAAUAAUACAAUCUUGACCAGAGCGGAGG